CCCGCCAUCCCACCAUGUAAUGAUUACACAGCGGCCAUGAAAACGUUACAUUAGAAGCUUUUGGUGUUAUCUAUCACAUUGCCUCGGCCAUAUAAGCACUCUCUUCUGAUAAAAGCGUAAAGCCGUAAAGCCAUUUCGCUUUCUCCAUUCUUUAACGCCCACCCCACCUCGUUCUCUCUAUAUAUCAAAAGCAGUUCUUUAAGCCAGCCCAUAUAUAUAUUUUCUAGAAUUUUAAGAGAGGGAGAGAAUAAAUAGUGUCAAGAACUAAUAGUAUGUCGUGGAUGGAUGGAGACAAAGAAGUGGAAGAAACAAAUUUAUGGACUCAAAGCAAUAAGAAUGGCGAUUUGGAGAAUAAAGAUGAUGCAGAACUUGUUACACUUUCUUCAUUUAAAUCUAUGCUCGAAGCUGAAAAUGAAGCCGGCUGGUACAUGUCGGUCACCGCCACUCCCACCGCGACCAGCAGCCAUGAAAUCGACAUGCAUGGCGCCAAUCACCUUGACCUGGGUAACAUCUCUUUUUCACCCAAGUUUAUUGAUGCUGAUAAUCAUCAUCCUGUUUUACAGCAAGUGGAUUCUUCUGCUUCGUGCUCCCCAACGUCUGCUUCAGUUCUCAAUUCUUUGGAUCCAUCUCAUCAGUUAAACUAUUUUAUGCCACCGAAAAACUCAACACUCAUGAAUCCAAUUCACAGCAAUCUUUUAGAGGGGACAUUUGAUUUUGGUUGUGAUAAUGGGUUUCUUGAAAGUGCUUUAAAUCGGGGAACUGGGAUGCUGAAUAAUUGUUCUAAUGAUUUAAGUACUCAAUCGCAAAUGGGUACUCUUAAUUGGAGCUUUAAUCAUCAGUUUUCCACUAAUAAUUUUCUUCAACUGCCUCAAUCCAGUGAGGGCUUUGGAGUAAUGGGAUUUGGGGAGGGUUCCAUGAAUGGGAAUCCAUUGUUCGUUAAUAGUUCUAAGAUUUUGAAACCUCUUGAUGGUUUUGCUUCAAUUGGAUCACAACCAACACUCUUUCAGAAAAGGGCUGCUCUAAGGAAGAAUCUUGCUAGUGGGAGUGUCAGCAAUUUGGGGUCUUUGAAUUUAGGUGGUGAAAUCAAUCAUUCUCGAAGUUCUACUAGCCUUGAAGGCUUUGACAAGAAGGGGGAAUUUAGUGAUGUAAAUGAGAGGAAGAGGAAAAACAGUAGCGGGGAUGAUGGGGAGGAUUUUAGCAUUGAUGGAUCCAACUUGAACUAUGACUCUGAUGAUCAAUUUCUGGAGAAUAGUACUAUCAACAAGGUGGAAGAGAUUGGUAAAAAUGGCGGAAGUAGCUCGAAUGUUAAUAGCACUGUCACCUGCGGUGGUAGUGGAGAUCACAAGGGUAAGAAGAAGGGGCUUCCGGCUAAGAAUUUAAUGGCUGAAAGGCGCCGGAGGAAGAAGCUCAAUGACAGGCUUUACUUGCUGAGGUCUGUUGUACCAAAGAUUAGCAGGAUGGACAGGGCCUCAAUACUAGGGGAUGCGGUUGAGUAUUUAAAGGAACUGCUGCAGAAGAUCAAUGACCUCCAUAAUGAACUGGAGUCCACCCCUUCUUGCUCUUCAUUGUCUCCACUCUUGAACUUCUAUCCUUUGACUCCUACAACACCAGGCCUUCUCUGUUGUAUCCAGGAAGAACUAUGCCCAAGUGCAUUUGUUGAGGUAAGGUUAAGAGAAGGGAGAGCCGUCAAUAUUCACAUGUUUUGUGGUAACAGACCAGGCCUUUUGCUCUCCACUAUGAGGGCUCUGGACAUCCUUGGCCUAGACAUUCAACAAGCUGUGAUUAACUGUUUCAAUGGGUUUGCAUUGGAUAUCUUUCGAGCUGAGCAAUGUAAAGAAGGUCAAGACCUCAAUCCAAACCAUAUUAAAGCAGUACUCCAGGUUUCUGCCGGCUUUCAUGGGAUGGUGUGAGGAUUCAUAGUGUACAAGUUUUGCCGAGAAUCUGAGAUGUUACGUAUGUGGAUCGACAAUGCGGCAGGCUGUUCUUAUGAGCAACAACCUUAUGGAGAAACAAAACUAGUUGAAGUACUUUGCUUAUCGAGUUUGAAAUUGUUUAGUUUACAUUUGCAUUGAUUAAGUUGCUUUUUUUUUCUUUUUUUUUUUUUCCUUUUUUUGUUUGGACAAAUUUCCCAGAGGCGGUGAAACUUGAACAAUUUGGUAUCUAUUUCGCCUUUUGAAUGCCAAGUUCAUUAUGGCU